AGAUAACAUCAUCAUGAUCAAGCACCAUUCGGCUGGAAACUUAAGCGAAAUUAUGUGUUAAAAGUGCUCGCAUCAAAGUCGGCCAGGAGGCAGUUGCAACCGACCCGACGCCAGGUUGCUUCGUUAAAAUUUUCACGCUUUCAAUUUUGUGUUUCGUGUCCGUUUUUAGUUUUUUUUCUCUUCGAGGUCAAAGGAAUCCAUUCAACAGAUGCCGGAACUCUUUUUGCCCGCCAACUACAUAAUAAUGGCCGAAUCGGAGCCCGACCUGAGCACGUUCGAGAACAAGACAGGGCUGGCUGAGGACAUGAAGUUUCUCGCCUCUAUGCCGGAACUUUGCGACGUCACUUUCCUUGUCGGCGAUACCAGAGAACCAGUGUGCGCAGUCAAGGCCGUCCUGGCUGCGCGCUCUAGGGUCUUCCACAAAAUGCUCUAUUCAGCCCCCAGUCCCCAAAGAAAAAAGGACCCACCCCCAAGAGAAAAUAAACUGCGUUUGUUCCUAAAAAGGUCAUCAGAACCUUUGUUAAAUUUACAAAAUGCUUCCCAACAGCCCCAUCAGCAACAGCAUCAAACCCUGAUCAUUGAAGAAUUUGAACCUGAUGUUUUCAGACAACUUAUUGAGUACAUACACACAGGAUGCGUAACAUUACAACCCAGAACAUUACUAGGUGUUAUGAAUGCAGCAGAUUACUAUGGUUUAGAUGAGUUACGUCGGGCAUGUGCUGGUUUCGUCCAAUGCUGUAUAAAUGUAGAUACAGUGUGUGCUCUAUUGGCCUCUGCAGAAAGAUACAUACAGUAUAAAUGCACAAAAUCCCUAGUACAAAAGGUUCUUGAGUUUGUGGACGAACAUGGAAACGAAGUGCUAAAUCUAGGGUCUUUCACUCUUUUACCACAACACGUAGUAAGACUGAUUUUGGUCAGGGAUGAGCUUCAAGCUGACGAGUUUACGAAAUUUCAAGCUGCUCUUAUGUGGGGAAAAAAAUAUUGUGACAGCAACCCAACAAUAAACAUAAAAGACGUAAUAGGAAACUUUCUGGAGUACAUACAGUUCCACAAAAUCCCAGCCAACGUAUUGAUGCGCGAAAUCCACCCGUUGGGUCUGGUCCCGUACAGCAUUAUUAUGAACGCGCUGGCAUAUCAGGCAGACCCAGCAAGUAUCGACCCCGGAAAGCUGUCACCAAAUCGAGUAAGACGCCAGCAGCAAGGCCGGAGCAUGUCGGUGCAGAGCUCCGACCCCUACGGCAGCAACACGACGCUGAGCAGCAGCCCUUCCAGCGAACUGGCCAGCUCCGACGGAAAGCACUCCACCUCCAACUAACAUAAAGCCACUGUCCCUCCUCCUGGUCCGAGCGCCCCGCCUAACCCCCCUUCCACCUCCCGACAGCCCUCCCAGAAGUCACAACGCUCCAGAAAGUCCAGCUCUUCGUCCCAUCACUACGUCACGUGUACCCCGCAAAGUUCUCCGUACAGGGCGCCACCUACGGUGACUGUCUCAAGCAGCAGUCCUUGCAGCACCCAUGGAAGCCCCGCGCACUCUUUUACUUUCACUAUUGUGCUCAAAAAAGUCACCCCGAAAGAGUAGGAUUUUUUAUUUUGACAAAGGAAGAAUAACCAUUUUUUUCAUUUGGGCAAAAUCAAGCGUUACAAUAAAUCAAAACUAAAAGUACUUAAAAUAACCCAUUACAAUGUAAAACUUAUUUAAAGAAAAAAUAAUCUAUUUAAAACAACUUAAUCCAUCCACUAUAGCUUUUUAUUAAUUUU